UCCAAAUAUCGUUCUAAAAAAGCUAAGACAAUAAAAGAAAAACAAAAGGUAGUUCAGUAUGACAAAUAUAGCAAACCAUCAUUUUUACUUCAGUAUUCAGACUUACUAAAAUAUAUUCAUGAUUUAAUCAAGUAUAGAUUAGCAGAUGUAUAUAGAUGUAAAGAAGCUAUUAAACAAAGGCAUAUCAUUAUCUCACCUGAGUAG